CUUUAUUCUCACCAACAAAUUAAGUGAAAAACAAAGCACUACAAAAGAAAUCAACCAAACACAUCCAAUUUUUUUUUUUCAAUUUUUCCCAUAAAAUCAUUAUGUCGAACAUGCAGGAAACCAAGGCCAAGGCUGAGGCUAAAGCCGAAGAGAUGUCACAAUGUGCUAAGGACACAGCUACUGAAGCCAAGGAUAGGACUGUUGAUGCUGCUCAUUCAGCAACUGACUCAGCAAUCGAAACCAAAGAUAAGACCGUUGAUGCUGCUCAUUCAGCAACUGAUUCAGCAACCGAUUCUAUCCAACAUGGAAAGGAUCAAAGUGCUGGAUUCCUCCAGCAGACUGGGGAGCAAAUGAAGAGCAUGACUCAAGGUGCUAUGGAAACUGUGAAGAGCACACUUGGAGUGAGUGACAAGAAGUGAAAAAUAAUACCCAAAGCCUUUAAUAUUCAUUGGAUUAUUACUCAAUAAUAUUAUUAAUAUUAUAUUAUUAAUUGGUUAAUCUUUUUCCCUUUUAAUUUUUCUUUUAUAUUUGUAAUAAAUGUCAUGAUGAGUUACUCCUUUGAGAAAUUGUAUAAUAAAAUUUCCAGCAAGUAAUUCAAAAAA